AACAAAAGAGUAAUAUGUGGUGUACUUUUUUUUCUCUGGUGUUUCUUGAAUAUCCUGUUGAAAAAAGUGAUGAUUUGAGUUCCUGGAGAUAUUAUUGUGAACAAAAUGUCAUUGAAGAUACCUAUAUGCGUGCUUUUACAUUUGUUUUAUAUUAUAGUAAUUUAAGAUUUUAUGAGAGAGAUACAGAAUGAUGCCUUUGUUCUAAAUUAACCAUCCCUGUGGGGAAAUUCUCUAUUCACCUACUCCAUCUUGCUGUCCAUGACACACAGAUGCAUGUAUAGGUGAAAACAGUGUGCGGAUGGGAUUUUUUUUAAUAAUGGAGGACAGACACUGUUUUAAAAACACCUACAACCCCCAGAUAACAACUCUCACGUCUCUCCUGGAGCCUCGUUUUAUUAAAAAGAAUGAAGUGGCAUGUUGGCUCUCACAGUCACCCUUGCAUUUUCGGGAUUGUGGACAUUGUAGAGUGCAUCCAAGAAGUGAAAAAGCUGAAAAAGAACUGAAAAAAUGCUCGCAGUGGGGGGACGGGACCUAGCACACUAGCUAUUGAAGACAUUAACUGUUUUUGUUAAUGUGUAAAGGUAUAAAAACUUUAGCUGUAUUUGUUAAAUUGGGAAAAUUGUCAUAUUUUAAAUUGGUACAAAAAUUUUGCCUUAACUUUAGGAGUAAGACGAACACCCUGCAAGCGCUGCAAACCCCCCGGAUAUGUGCGCACACGUGCACCCAAGGGUUGGUCUGCGAAACAGUUGUAAUUCUCUCUAGCUGAUAGUAGGCGUACCCUGACAAGAUGAGUAUUACAGGGCCGCUAACAGCCCCACUUCACGCUCUUUAUAAAAGAAACGCCAGACAUAUAUAGUUCAUGCUUUUUGUAUAUGGAUUGUUUUGUCAUAGCGAAAUUUUUAAUUAGGAACAGUGUGAUAUAAAUCAAUUAAGCAACAAGAAUUGAGUAGCGGUAGGAACUAGUGAGUGGUAUGUAUCACCAUACAUUGUGUCACGCCUAGCUUGUACGAUUCUCCUGUGUGCCAUGCCCCCUCACUUACCUCGUGUGCAAUACCGAUUAUAACCAGCUGUUUUCCAACAGUUUGAUAUUUCCUGUGUAUUUAAGUCCGCAUCUGAGUCUGUAUCACCAAGUCUAUCAUUGAAAUGUGUCCCGAGUUGUUACUCGUACCCACAAUAAAUUCCUGUUUUCGGACUCCCGUCUCCCGGACCUGCUUCUCCGCUCCCUGCUCGUGCACCUGGAUGUCACAGAAUGACAGAUUUCACGAAGAAGAAGACACCUCCACUGACGGAGACGGAAUACAGCACGCUAGUCAGCGAGACUGUAUACUGUACGCAACAGCCAGACAUCCAAGAGGACCCCACGACUCGUGCCUUGGUGAUUCAUACUGCGAGGGAUUUCCCGAUCAAAGGAUGCAUUCCUGGCCAAAGAGAUGCCCCAGUUCAAGAAGUCUACUGUUCAUAUGAAGGACCCACAGCAUGUGGAGGAGAUUAUCUGCAACCUGAUUCAAGGUGGAGCCUCCAAACUCCAGAUUAUCACUGACUUUGACAGGACAUUAAGCCGGUUUUCAAACAAUGGCAAACAAUGCCCUACUUGUCAUAACAUCAUCGACAACUGCCAACUGGUUACAGCAGACUGUAAAAAGAAGCUUCACAAGCUAAAGGACACAUAUUAUCCAAUUGAGAUCAACCCGCAUCUUUCAGUGCAAGAGAAAUAUCCAUUUAUAGUGGAGUGGUAUUUUAAAUCACACACAUUACUGGUGGAACAGCGAUUGCAAAAGAACAAGCUGCCGGAAGUAGUAAGAGAAUCGGAUGCAUGCUUAAGGGAUGGGUACAAGCAGUUCUUUGACCAACUGCAACAGCAAAAUGUGCCUGUGUUCAUUUUCUCUGCUGGACUUGGAGAUGUACUUGAGGAGAUAAUACGUCAAGCAGGAGUCUAUCACCCCAAUGUCAAAGUGGUCUCCAACUUUAUGGACUUUGAUGAGAAUGGCAUUCUGAGAGGAUUCAAAGGUGAACUGAUUCAUGUAUACAACAAACAUGAUGGUGCACUUAAGAAUACAGAGUACUUUGAUCUGCUGAAGGACAACUGCAACAUUAUUCUUCUGGGGGAUUCACUGGGUGAUCUCCACAUGGCAGAUGGUGUAGCCAAUGUAGAAAACAUUCUCAAAAUUGGCUUCUUGAAUGAUAAGGUGGAGGAACUGCUGCAGAAGUAUCUGGAAUCAUAUGAUAUUGUAUUGGUGCAGGAUGAAACAUUAGAGGUGCCAAACUCCAUCCUCCAGAAGAUCAUCUGACUCAGAUCCCAUAUGUUUAUUUUUUUUCCGAGUAUCUUUUGGAUUUUGUUCUUACAUAAAUA